AAAGCAUCGUUUCUUCCACCCCAAAGGAACAGUUUUUACUGCACAACGAAUUCUCCAUUAGUCAACAUUGUUUUCAAUGAACGAAUAACUGAACGCCAGUCCUACUUAAGGGAUUCUCAUUGCGAUACCCAAAGACGCUUAUGCCAAACGUGCCUUCGCCGGUCCUGUUGGAGAGAAAGUGCAGCAAUGAAUUCUUCCUCGGAUACUUGGGAUCAGACCUUAGGAGAUGAGUUGGCCCAGAAAUGGGAGUUAUUGGGAGAUGCAAGCGCGAAUUUUAAACGCGCCAAAGUCAAGGAAUGUUGCGGUGUCGAUUGUUAUUCGAUCCCAAGCUGCAUUGAGUACUUCAGUGCAACGUGUCAGGCAUACACAAUACACAGUCAACAUAUACAGGAAGUGUGUUUACAAGGUAAAACACUCAAGUUUACACUCAAUCCGGAAUUCGAUCUCGCCAACGGUUCAUUUAUGUGUCAUUUGACCCAUGUUCCACCGGAAAAUUUGUAUACCAUCAAUACUUGGCUGGUAGUAAACGGUACGUGGAAAACGGACCCAGUCAGUCACGUUGUUUCGCUGAGGCCACCUAAUGGGAUAAGAGACACUCGUGAGGCUCACUCUUCCAAGGCAGUGAAACACUCGCGGUAUAGGAGAGCGGAAAGUAGCUGGAGUCGGAAUAUGAGAGGCAUGGUCCUUUUGUGGAAUGAUAAACUUCGUGUGGAACACCAGUCUUCAGCUAACUUAUGGGGACAGCUGAUACUGAAACGCAAAAAUGCAUUAGGUCAGUUUUAUGUAUACCGGCUCAAAUCCUUCGAUGAAUUUGGUCUGGCCCUACCUCAAUAUGAAAAGCAUCGUGAGGAAAAGUACGCCACGGUCCAAUUCACAACUCCAUUUCUUCACAAUACUGAAAGCUGGGGGAACGAAUCCUGUCAGUUAAAUAUCAGCCACAUGCAUAAAAGUCAACCCCUUUACGAUGAAACCAGUGAAAUUCCGAUUGUUCUGGCUUCACCGACUAGAAAAAAUGCAAAUGGGGCUUUCCAGUAUACGCUGAAUGGGGCACAGUUGGGUCCCAAAAUUCAGGUCACUAUGGAGGCUGAAAGCAAGCAUUCUCUGCUUCGAUCGGCACUCUGCAUCCAAAAUCUUCGGCUAUCACCAGUGUAUAAAACGACGGCAAAAAAUCAAACCGACUGGCUCCGGAGGCGAAUCGGAUUCAUCAUAAAUCGGGCUGGCAUGGAAUUAAAAGCCACUUCACGUUUGAUCAACACAGAGGUGGACACUGAUAGAUGUGAACGGACGGAAUCUUGGCGAGUAGGCAUUGAAGGUUGGGUGACGGAAAAGCCCACCUAUCUGGAUUUAUUGGUUGAACAACAAACUGAUCCGUCGCAAGGCACUGAUAAUGGGGAAUCAAGUGCCAGUUUGCCCAUACUGAAAGAGGAUAUUUUACUAUUACCUGGCCUGCAGCAGCAGACGUGGAACAGACCUCCAAAUCUCAAGGAAACACAAAGCCCAUUCACACUAGAAUUGGAUCUUGCAAAGAUCACGAAAGGGCAUCAGGUAGCUAACCGAACCUACACCAUCAAUAUAUAUUUGCGAGACUGCGCACAAAACUACCACUUGGAAACUAAUAUUGGCGACGAUUAUGUGAGCUCAGCCUCGUCGCAAGAAACAGAUAGACCGCUGGUGCCCGUUUUUUCUAUGCCACCGGAAAGAAUGUGGAAACUGGAGCGCCUGUAUUUACCCUUCAUACUCGUCUGCAUCGUCAUCGGGCUGCUUUAUCUCGUCCUUUUAACAGCUUACUGUUUUGUGCGGGCUUGUUCCGGCACUUCGAAGCACAGCAGUGCCGUCGCUCAUCAUCGAUCAACACGAACUGUUCCCUCAGUAUCCAUGUCUUCCUCUACGAGCCUUCUAAGUGGUGCAACAACACAACUACAAGGUUCAGAACCAAUGACUGCUGCUCGAAAAGUGCUCAUAAUGGUCUACUUGUGCUUCCGCGUAUUUUACACAUUUCUUUUUACAAUUAGUGUUGGUCUUUCUCUUAUAUUAAGUAUCGAAUCGAACUCAGCACGUGACUUCACAGCAGCACUGUAUAGCAAUACCGGUCAAAGUUCAUUUUCUCACACCAACGGACGACUCCCACCGAGGCCUUCGUCAUACGUGGUCACUCCGACUGAGGUAGAAAACCGAUGGUGGGAAUCGAAUUCGUGGAUGUUUGAAGCUGCAAGAAUGGAAGAUUUUGCACAUUCGGAACUACUUCGUCAGAUACAAAUAAUGAAUAAGCAGAUCGCUGAGUGUGGAGACCAGAUGAGUUUGAGUAAUCUCAAGCUGACGGAAGUGAUGCAUCUCCUCGGAAGCCAGAUCAGGAGUUGGUUGAAUCCCAAGAGUGAAACAAUUGGUCUGCUGCGCUUCCAAGUUGAUGCACCUCCCGAACCCGUUGUUGGGAAAGACGAUUUAAAGGCGCCUGACACACAACAAAUAUGGGCUACGAACCCAGUGUACGGCAACUUUUUGCCAGUGCAUCGAUCCACAUGGAAGCUGUUGGAGCAAGCCAACUGGAUGCCCUAUUUGGAUACGGUGGAUGUUCACCUGCAAAAGAUCCGCGAUUUACUGGACACUGAAGUCAUUGAUCAGUGGACACCAUUUGAUCGCCUGCUAAACAACCUUCUUGUUAACAACUGGGUAGCCCCAGCGAGGCGUUCGAUGAACACCUCCUGGACCCGUGUGGGCGACGCGCCAACCAGUGAGACAGGAUUAUUCGGAAUAUCUGAUAGCGAAUACUACAGUGAAAAUAUUGACAUUUCACCAUCGGACCCUAUGAACCAAAAACGGCAUAGAGAAGCAAGAGCUUUGAAACUGGCCAACUUUAUCGGAGUACCGCAACCGGCACACGCAAGAUUAUCGGGUGCUCGAAUAUGGAACAGCUUUCGCAGUCAAGUUUUCGGCCUGCCAACAUACUUUCACUACGAUAUUAGCGGAAAUUUGGACGUCGGCGAAGGUGAUCCACACAAGGCAAAGUUAUCGUCAAUGCGUUAUUACGAUAAGCGAUACAUGUUAUCCAACGAGGAUUGGCAACAUGUCUCUGGUGGAUUCCUUGAAGGAGGCAAACAUACAAUCCAACGACAUAUUCAGCAUGCACAAGGCCAACUGAGACUGAAUGUUGCAACAAAGUCAGGAGCUUAUUCGUCAAGCAACUACUUUCUGAGCCUCACUCAAGUUCGACUAUUGUUACUGCUGUUAGAUGCAGUCAUCAUUUUGGCUCGAUGUUGUCAGACAUACAGGUUUCUGCAAAGAUUCUGGUUUGGAAAACUAAAGCGCGUAAGCAUGGAUGCAUUACAUACGGAAGUGCCACUUCCGUUCAACAACGUCAACGAAAGUAAGGGGUCUGUGGUCAAAACUUCCGAUGAAGUGAAUGCUCUGCAGACUUCGUAUAUUUCGGAUCGAAACCCACUAACAUGGUCAGAUUCCGACGGAUACACACCACAUAUUCGUGACUCAAGUUUGCCGAUACUUGGUGUG